CGCGAAUACGGCCGGAAGUGACGACGGGAAGCGCCGUGGCCAUGGCGGAGAAGUUCGACUCUCUGGAGGAGCACCUGGAGAAGUUUGUGGAGAACAUUCGGCAGCUCGGCAUUAUCGUCAGCGAUUUCCAGCCCAGCAGCCAGACUGGGCUCAACCAGAAAUUGAAUUUCAUGGUAACAGGCUUGCAGGAUAUCGACAAAUGCCGUCAGCAGCUUCACGAUAUCAGCGUGCCUUUGGAAGUUUUUGAAUACAUAGAUCAAGGUCGCAAUCCUCAGCUUUACACUAAAGAAUGUCUGGAGCGAGCUUUGGCUAAAAAUGAGCAAGUCAAAGGAAAAAUUGACACAAUGAAGAAAUUCAAAAGUCUGUUAAUUCAAGAACUGACAAAGGUCUUCCCAGAAGAUAUGGCAAAAUACAAAGCUAUUCGAGGAGAAGAUCCUCCUCCUUAAGCUGGCUUUAGAUAGCUCUAAAAAUGUCAAAAUGUAAACUGACACCAUUCUGAAAACAUUGAUUGGAGAGAGGGGAAAUCCAAGCUGUCAAAACAACUGUGCUAAAAAUGGCAGUGAUGGACUGUAAAAAUUAGCUGUUCAGCAGCUACGAUACCCUGCUUCUCUUCAGCAGCCUUCAACUGUAUCACUCCCUGUAUGGACCAUCAUGACCAGAA